AUGGUGCUGCUGCUGCUGCUGAUGAUGAUGAUGAUAAUGGUGAUGCAACAACAUCAACAACAACAUCAACAACAACAAUUACAUCCACAACAAGACGGUCAAAAUUUUCAAUUUCAAAUUCAAAGACACUUGCUCAGUAGAAAGCAUUCGUCAACCUUGCCUUUGUAUCACAGUGUUGCGGGCAACACAAACUAUCACCAACAACAGUUUUUUGAACAAAACAGCAACAAUUUUCAUCGCUUGUACUCAAAACUCAACAACAAAGAACCUUUCAAAAAUAUGAAUGACAACAACUUGAACUACUGGACCGUCAAGCCACACAACAAACACCAACAAUUUGCCAAUAAGUUCAACAACAGAACAUCUUCGUUUGGCACUCUCUACAAUGACAUCAACAACAAUAACAAUGAUGAAGACGACCACAGCAAUUUUAACAAUUUUUGUUAUUCCAACAAACCAAAGAACUACAACAACUGCCCUUCAAUUUUUGAGAUGUUUGACGAAACUUACGAGAAUGAACUGUUCAAUCAAGAAAAUAACGAUGACGAUGAAGAUAAUUUUGACGCUAAUGACAAUCUGUUGGAUAUCAAACUGAACAACAAUUACAACAUCAACAACGGCAUCAACAGCAGCAACAACAUCAACAAUAACAUUGACGAUAAUAUCAACAUUUUAACAAUACUGGCACCGGCAUAUCAAAGUAUCCCCAAGCCACAACCUCAAAAAACUCCAACAUCUCCACAACAUGAAUUUAUACUGCCUCCUCCUCCACUAUCUGAUGCACCUGCUCUGCAAACUUUACUCUCACCGAACCGCCAACAACAUCUACAACAUUUUCAACCACGUUUACAACAGUAUCUUUUCCAACAACAACAAAAGCAACAACAACAACAACAACAACAUCAACAAAAUGCUUUCCAGCAAACAACGUCAUCAACUUUAAUGAACGCAUUACAACGGCGCUCAAGCACCAGCUCUCAAAACGAAUGUCAUUUCAUUUCCGGCAGAGACUCACCUACUUCCGGUUUGCGUUGCCGCGGUGACGACGAUCAUCAUGGAGCAGACGCUUCCGAUCUUCUCGCUGCGGAUCUGGUCAAUGAUGACGAUGUUUGA